AUGGAUUCUGCAAAUUUUAAAGCAAUCUCACAACAAGAAGAGCUGAAGUUCUCAAUUCCUGAUUCAUGCAACUUGGAAUUACCCUUCAUCAGUGAUUCUCAGGUAAGCUCAAAUUCAGACUCUAACUCUGUUGACAGCUCUGGUUUUGGUUUUGAUCCUACUGUUUCUGUUGAAUACUUGGAUUUCCUUCGAGCCCAAUUGGAUUUUUCGGAUAAUGACAAUGUGAAUGCAACCCAAGCUAUAGAUUUUCUGCGAAAUGAGAAUGUGGGUUUUGAUGGGUUUUUGGAAUUUAAUUCCAUUACCCAAAACACAGUUCAGAUACUUCACAACGAUUGCAAUCCAGAAACGAAUGUCGAAAUGCAGAAAGCUAAGAUUUCUGGAGAAGUCCCUACUAUCUCUAUUGAGGUGAUUCAGAACAAGAGGCCAUUCAAGUGUUCACAGUCUGGGUGUGACAAAACUUUUAGAAAUCCACAAACCCUAAGACUCCAUUACAGGACUCACUUCACUAAUGAAUCUCUUAUUUCUCGGCAAUGGCCUGAUAAUAAUUCAGUGUCACAGGCAUCUAAAUCUGGACACAACAAGAAAGUUCCAUGCCGGUGCCCUGUAUGUGGCCGGACCUGUGUGGGUCUCUAUGAACUUCGCCGGCAUUUUGGCCGGAAGCACUCGGAAGGGGAGAAGCUGCACAAUUGUGGGAAAUGUGGGAAGAAAUUUUAUGUGGAAAUAGACUUGAAGGAUCAUGAGAAGCUAUGUGGUGAGCGUGUUGAAUGCAAAUGUGGCUCGAAAUUUGCAUUCAAAUGUAACCUUUCAGCUCACAAGAGAACCCACCCUGAAUGUGUUGAAGAUUCUGUGAAAACUUAG